CCCCCAACUCCGUCACCACGCCCCUCCCCUCGACGACCGUUGCCACGGGAGACGUGUCAACACGCCCCGACCUCGACGACCGUUGCCAUGGAGACGUGUAAACACGAUAGCCCCUCCCACUUCUUCCUGAGUCGACAAGAAACGGAUUUUUGUGUUCAACUCGCGGAGAGAGAGAUUUAAAAAAAAAAUGUAUUUUAUUAACUAAAUAAGAAAUAAACCUUUUUUUUUAAAGAUACUUUCGUUCAUCUCGCUUCGGCAGCUCGGGGAGAGAUUUUUUAAAUAUUUUAUUUGAUAAACAAAAUAAGAAAUUAACGUAGUAAAACAUUUGUUUUGUUUAAAAUAAAGCUCUGGGUUGAGAGAGAUUUUUAUUUUAUUUAUUUCAUGAACGAAAAAAAAAGAUCAAUAUUAUUAUCGUGAAAAAAAUUGUUAGUGUUCAUCUCCGCUACCAUAGCUCGAUAGAGAUUUCUAUUUUAUGUAAAAAAAAAAACCCCAAAAAAAUAACUCGAUAAAAGUUUAAAAAAAAAAAAUUGUUUUGUUAAUCUUGCGACGAUAGCUCGGGUCGAGAUUGAAACAAAUAAUAUAAACAAAAUAAAAAAAAACGUUUAAAACAAAUUGUUUUUAAAAUCUUCUAGCCGUUGAAAGAGAGAGAGCGGUUUCAAUAGUAACACUAGUCGAUUAGAGUUGUAGUAGUAGUCGUAGUAAUAAUAAUAGUCACAGUUAAUAGUUAAUCAGGCCGAUAUCUUCAUAAGACAUGGCCACCAUCACCUCCUCGUCGUCCACCUUCCCGUCGUCCACCACCCAGCCGGUCGCCCGCGGGCGACGCGGCCGCUCCCGGCGAUACCGGCGCGUGGGAGACGGAGCACACGUGGAUCACGAUCUGUUCGCGAGCGCCCCGUGCCGCGCCGAUUCGGCACCGCCCAUCCCCGGUCGCCCCAGCAACGGCGGCGUUGCCGGGGGUCGCCAUGGCAACGGGAGCGGAGUUUCCGGGGGUCGCCAUGGCAACGUGGAGACGCUCCACCUCAUCACCAGGGACCUCGUGAGGCUGCUGAGGGUCCCCCGCGAGGACCCCUCGGGCACGAGGCUCGUGGUGGAUCCCGGCGAGCUGCAGCGGCUGCGACGGGCGGCCGCGGCCCCGGGACAGAGACAGCGGGGAGGUGGACAAGAGCGUGGACGGGGAGGUGGACGGGGAGGUGGACAGGGAGGUGGACAAGAGCGUGGACAGGGAGGUGGACAGGGAGGUGGACAGGGAGGUGGACAAGAGCGUGGACAGGGAGGUGGACGGGGAGGUGGACAGCAGGAGGAGGAGGAGGAGGAUGAUGAGGAGGAUGAGGCCGCGGCUGCUGCCGGGUUGGAAGAGGAGAGGUGGCAGAGGGAGAAGGCACGAGUGGAGUCUAUGAAGCGCCGUGACCGUGAGCGCGAGGCAGCCGGCGGAGCACGUGACGACAACAACAACAACAACAACCACAACAACAUCAACAACAACCACAACAACAUCAACAACAACAACUCGUGUGGUGGUGGUGGUGGGGAGGGGGAGGAGCUUCUGAGGAGGGCGGAGGAGCAGCGGCUGGAGCAAGAGGAGGAAGUUCGACACCUCAACCAGCUGAUCGGAGCGGCGAGUGUGCGUGCUGUUCGCGAGGCACAGCUGUCCCAGCGGCGGCUGCAGGCACAGCAACAGGAGCAGGAGGAGCUCCGUCUCCUGCUGCAGCUGUGCCUACAGCUACCACAGCUACAGCUGUGUGUCACCCACAGCUACCACAGCUACCACAGCUACAGCUACAGCUGUCUCUGUCACCCACAGCUGAUCGGAGCGGCGAGUGUGCGUGCUGUUCGCGAGGCACAGCUGUCCCAGCGGCGGCUGCAGGCACAGCAACAGGAGCAGGAGGAGCUCCGUCUCCUGCUGCUGCUGUGCCUACAGCUACCACAGCUACAGCUGUGUGUCACCCACAGCUACCACAGCUACCACAGCUACAGCUACAGCUGUCUCUGUCACCCACAGCUGAUCGGAGCGGCGAGUGUGCGUGCUGUUCGCGAGGCACAGCUGUCCCAGCGGCGGCUGCAGGCACAGCAACAGGAGCAGGAGGAGCUCCGUCUCCUGCUGCUGCUGUGCCUACAGCUACCACAGCUACAGCUGUGUGUCAAACCCACAGCUACUACAGCUACCACAGCUACAGCUACAGCUGUCUCUGUCACCCACAGCUGAUCGGAGCGGCGAGUGUGCGUGCUGUUCGCGAGGCACAGCUGUCCCAGCGGCGGCUGCAGGCACAGCAACAGGAGCAGGAGGAGCUCCGUCUCCUGCUGCAGGUGGAGGAGCUCCGCCGUCGGGAGGACCUCCGUGGAGCUCAGCGAGAGGAGGAGCGGAGGAAGGGGGCCUUGGAGAGCCGCCUGGUGAUCGAGGCUCAGCUGCGGGAGAGAGACCGGAGCCGGAGGCUCGAGACGGAGCUCAAGGAGGCCGAGACGGAGGCCGUGGUAGCUCAGCUACUCCAGCUACAGCAGGACGAGCUACAGGUGGGCACAGCUACACACACAGCUACACACACAGCUACACACACAGCUACACAGCUACACAGCUACAC